GUGAUGUGGCUGCCGGGCACGGAGAGGGAGCUGGUCAGACAGAUUGCUCCAGGUUUCCAGCAGACUUCUGGCCUCAAGCUGGACGCUGAGCGCAUGAGGGAGAAGGGCAUCGUGAAGCUCAACCUGCGUUACACCAAGGUCACAAACGAGGAUGUCAGGGACUACGCCAUGGCGAACCUGAGCGUGAAUCUCUACACUGUGAACGAGCCCUGGCUGUACUCCAUCCUGUGGUGCGCCGGCGUCCAGUCGGUCACCUCCGACAGCUCCCACGUCCUUCGCAAGGUGCCUUUUCCCAUCUGGCUAAUGCCUCCAGACGAGUACCACCUAAUCUGGAUCACGUCUGAUCUCAUUUCAUUUAUCAUAAUUGUAGGAGUUUUUAUAUUCCAGAAGUGGCGCCUGGGAAGCAUCAGGACCUACAACCCGGAGCAGAUCAUGCUCAGUGCUGCUGUCCGCCGCUCCAGCCAAGAUGUCAAGAUCAUGAAGGAGAAGCUGAUCUUCUCAGAGAUCAACAACGGCGUGGAGACCACGGAUGAGCUGUCUCUCUGCUCCGAGAACGGCUAUGCCAACGAGAUGGUCACCCCCACGGAUCACCGGGACACCAAGCUGCGGAUAAACUGAGGGGCUCCAGUCCAACCCCGACGUGUGAUGUCCCCUGCGUUUGCUUCGGCAGCGAGAGCCGUGCUCUCCUGCUUGCUGCGGGAUGGGAACUUUUGAGGAACUGCUG